AUAUUUGGUCAAUUGGAAGCCAGGUCUUCUUCUCAUCCGCCCGCCACAACUGUUCGUUCCUCAUGGGUUCUUUUCUUUCGGUCGUCCAUAUUACUCCUCUGCCAGAACUCCUUGUCGCUGCAUUCGUUCCCUCCUCCCACGCGCUUUCCGAUUCAAUAUCACGUUAAACCCCCCGGACGGCCUCCAGACCUCGCAUCAGCGACUCUGAGUUCCUUUAACCGUACCGUACGACUGCGGGAGACAUUGCUUCUCCGCCGGGCCGUGGAAGCGCUAGCGUACAACGGUGAAAUACCUGUGGUGAGGUUUUUAUGGCGUUUGGUGGGGCAUUUAGGAGGCCGCAAAGUUUAAGCAAUACCUCCCGGGAGUUCGGGAGUUCGCAAAGCGGCACGGAAAUACCAGAAUUUCGACAAGCGGUGGCAGAAUCACGAUCGCACAUCCUCAAAAAACGCGAGUCAGACCUGGCAGCAGAUUUCCAUCAAUUGAAGCUGCAAUCCGAGGUUGUUGGCCCGCAUGGGCAAUCCGAGGUUGUUGGCUCGCAUGGGCAAUCCGCCACUGUUUUGCACCUCACCGCCGAGGUUUCACGCUCGCACGACGUCACCGCAGUACUUCAAGGCGAAAGCGCGGCAUCGAUCAGGUGUGAAGACAUCCAAUGGGUCUUCCAGAUGAUCAACGAGCACAUGGAAACAUCGUAUCUGUAUCGACUAGAAUACGAUUCGCUCCUUGGCUUUACCAUAGGAAAGGACUUUGGCACGGCUUAUGCGAUGCUUCGUCCGUUGUGGAGAUGCUUCGAAGGUCAUGGGGUACUUGGGACCGCACAGAAGGAGAUGGACAACUGGAGGGCAUUUCUUCACGCUCGCAGGAAGGGCGCAAUUCAUCGCGACAAGAUAGGGGUUACCAUGAUCAUCGAUCCGUACCAAAUCCCACCAAGGCGCGUUUGGGAUCUGUAUGCCAACAGGGUGGUCGACUAUGCGUAUUGCUCAUUCACCGGCUCUAAUGGCUGGGAGUCCUUCGUAAACGAUCAGGUCGUUUCCAGCGCUGGUCGGAAACUGUGCGCCAUCUCACAUGCGUGGACAGACGAUACACAAACGAUCAUGACGCCGAUCAAUGGCGGACAAUGGCCAGUGACCAUACCGGUCGGUGUCGACUUGGAAAGUAUACGACGAGAGGUGCUUGCAUUGGGAGUGCAAUAUUGCUGGUUGGAUGUCCUCUGUUUGCGCCAGGGGGUAGAAUGGGAUCUCCGGAAAGAGGAAUGGCGCAUUGAUGUACCGACCAUCGGCAAUGUGUAUCGCGAAAAGGCCGACACCUUCGUUCUCCGGUAUUACAACGGCCUAGGCAGAUGCUUUGAUAAUAACCCGGCUCUUCUUGACGGAAAGCGACAUUGGAAGAACCGCGUGUGGACGGUCCAGGAGUCAACCGGCAACUAUAUGGUUGGCGGUCGAAGGGAGAAAGGCCAGGAUAUUGAGAGGGACUUCCUCCAGCUAGCCGUGGAAUGCGUCAUGCACCCCCACACCAUGAAUUGUUUUAUAAAGGAACGAGAUCGGCUGUUUUAUGCGCUUCUGUUGAUACACGGCCGUCAGGCGACGAACGAAAUCGAUAAGAUCACUUCUAUCUCUUAUAUCCUGCGGUGCCCGACGCUACCAGCAUACGACAUCGACGAGAAGCCCGAAGACGCCUGGGGAUUAUGCAUUUCUCAUAUGCCGCGAUGGGGGAGGGGUGAACUGCUGUUCCGAUACCCUGUGCCUUCGGAUCAGCAGGAGUCACAACGCCGGUGGUGUCCAUCAUGGGAG